AUGAUUAUUUCUAAGCGGAAUCACUUAGAGAAGAUGGAGAUGGCAAAGCCAUUGAAAUCGUUGAUUGAUGAUAUCACAAAUUGCCCAUUAGAGCAAUUACCUCAUAAGUUGAAGAACAAUUUGUCUUGGGAAAGACCCAGAGGCGAUUUAUUCCAUUGGGUGCCGGCUUUGAAUAGGUUUGAUGAAAUAUUUGAAACUCAGAUUAAGAGGUAUGAAUUAGACCAAGACCAUCCUAAAUUGCAAGAGAUGAGUAGUAAUGACCAAGAAUUGCUUGUAGCAUGCUUGCAAUUUACUCAUCUUUUACUUGAACACUGUGCGAAUAGGUCUAUCUAUUCUAGUAGUGAAAGAAUUUUUCAGUUGAUAAGCUCUCCUACUGUGGAUGUAAGGUUAAGCGCCUUGGAGGUAGGUGUUUCAAUAUCUGAGAGAUAUGUUCAGACCAGCUCGAAUAAAUAUUCAGCUCCAAAACCAGUCAAGAUGAAAGUUUUACAAAUUGCAAAGUCAUAUCCAUUACCUGUGCCACCGAAUUUUCACCGUAAGCUUGAAGAAGAGGAGAAUACAAGCAAAAAAGACAAGGAUGCCGUAUUAGGCGACCAUUAUAGUCUAAUUGAUUCUAUUACUACGGAAAAGAAAUAUCCAUCUAAAUGGAAGCACAUUAAUUUUCAAUACUAUAAAUCUUUUACACCUCAAGCACAAAAUAUACAUUCAAAGAAUGAAUCCGCUAAAAUUAGAAAGGAAGAACAUAAGCAUGCAGGAGAAAAACGGUCUAAGUCAAAGCAUGAUUCGAAUAAAUCAUUAAAGAUAGAUAAAGAAGAAAAAGUACUUCCAAAAGAAGGCGUUACAACUUUUGCUUUGUCAGAAGAAACUGUUCGUAAGUUGUCUUUGGAGCAGAUAUUUGACAAAGCUUCUGAAACUAUCCCUAAAGAAUAUUGGUUUGAGUUCGGUCUUGUUGCACCUGUCGUCAAGUCUUUCAAUACCAAAUCGUAUGAUUCUAUUAAAUUACGUGAGAAGUUGCUUCGAGCAAAAUGCUUGGCUAUUGCUUUCAUUUGCUGCAUGUGUCCAAGUGAAUUUACAGCAUCAAGGUUUUUUGAAGCAGAGCCGUAUAUUUUUAGCUUUUUAAUCGAUUUAAUACAACCUGAAAACUCAGCAGAUGUUUCAAGAGAUGUCUAUUUUACUGCGACAAAGGCAUUAGAGUGCAUUUCUUUAAAAAGAGUUUGGGGAAGUGAUAUAAUCAGAUGUAUGGGUGGGAAUGUGAACCACGGAAUCUUAUUCCAAUGCAUAAGACACAUUAAUAAGAAGAUUGCAGCCGAAGAUGAUGAUUGUUACGAAUUGGCUUAUGUGCACUUUUUUAAUAUGUUGGGAAAUUUAAUAGAUUCAAAAAGUUUAACACCUAGACUAACGGCUGGGGGGAUUUUAAAUGAUUUGUUGUCAUUCUUCAACGUCAAGUCGAAAUAUAGAUGGUCCUGCUCUGCUGCAACUCAUUUAACAACAGUAUUUUUAAGUGCAUCUCCAGAAUCAUUUGACGAUUUCGUGACUAAUAAUGGAUUUCAAUUACUUAUUGAUACAGUUCAGUAUGAAGUCAAUUUUGCAUUAGAGAAUCCUAACUACGGAGGUGGCUCACCUAAGGAGUCUCUUGUCUACUACAAUAUUACGUUUCGGCAAGCUAACUAUAUUCGAAACCUUAUGAAAUUAGUUUCUCAUUUAAUUCAAUCAGAGCCUGGUGAUAGAUUACGUAACCUUUUUGAUUCUCCAUUACUUCAAAGUUUUAACCAAAUUCUCCUUAAUCCUAAAGUUUUUGGACCAUUGAUUUUAUCUGCUACUAUUGACUCAGUUUUUUAUAUUAUUCAUAAUGAGCCAACAGCAUUUUCAAUUUUGAAUGAGGCUAAGGUGAUAGAUACCAUUUUAGAUAAUUUUGAGGAUUUGUUUCUCCCAUCGAAUGAUUUGUUGAUGUCUUUAGCUGAAGUAAUUGGUGCUAUUUGUUUAAAUAAUGAUGGUUUAGAUAAGGUCAUAAAUCAUAAUACUAUUUCUAAAUACUUUCAGUCAUUCUACAACCUUGAUUAUGCCAAAGAAUUGGUUAGAUCGGAUAUGACUACGAAUUUAGGUUGCUCUUUUGACGAAUUGGGAAGGCAUUAUUCCCCAUUGAAACCAAUUAUUAUGGAGGAGAUUAAAAAAUUAGUUGAGAAUGUUCCUAACUAUGUUAAUGACAAGUUGAAGGGUAUCCGUUUCUAUACUUCAGAUAAAGGAGCCUUAUACCACAGUAAAGAUGAGAUGAUUAUUGAUAGUGAAGAAGGUUUUAAGGAGAUUGAAGUUUGGGAAACAACUGAUGCUGCAUACUUAGCAGACAAUAUUUUCUUUUUCUUAGGUGGAUUACUACAAGAUAGUGGACAAUGGGGAAAUGAAGCGAUGAAAUUAAUCCCUUAUGAAUCUUGGGCUUCAUUUAUGACUUUGUCCAACGCUCCUUUUGACUAUACUACUUCUAACGGGUUUUCAACGUUAAUGGGUGUCUUAAAAUAUUUUGAUGACGAGAAUAGGGAUUACGGUUUACCUCAUGCAUUUGAAAUCUUGAAGCAGAAAGUCGAAUCUCCUCUUAUUCAAGAAUUCAUUCACUUCGAUAGUACAGAUAACUCUUUUUUUAACAGAUUUGAAGAAAACGAGGAAGCGGGUACACAAUUCUUGAAGGAAUUGAACUCUCUUAACACUUUGUUUUACACAUUCACGGAGAUUUAUAUUAACCCAGGUCUUAUGUUUCAUGAAAGAUAUCACCAAAUUGCAGAACUAUUCGGAAAUGGAAAAUCGUCAGACGGAAGUGGUUUAAGACUAUUAUCAGAUUUUGGCUUACUUCUAAGAAGAUGUAUGUUCGAAGAGAUCAUUUUACGUUCUACUAUGCCGGAAACUGUUGCCAAACAAUCAGGUGCUACAUUUGAUAGUAGCAGUGAAUUCCCUCCUAUCCAAAUAUAUACAGCAGAGCCUUCUAAGAAACAAGAGAAACAAGAUGGCACGAGUGCGAAAUUCAAGAAUUCGUUGCAGAUUAGGUUUUUUGCCUAUCGCUUCCAGAACUAUAUAUCAACAGUCUUUUGCUGCUUGGGCCGAGUUUGCAUGCACAAAAGGCAAGAAUUUAUUGAUGCAACAUGGAGAAGGGAUGCAGUUAGGAUUACUGUUGAAAUAGGAAAAAUUUUUGAGUCAUUGAUAACAACAGAAAUUUCUAAUGAUGAAUAUAAACCAAGUUUCUUUUUGGUGUUAGUAAAUAUAGGUUUAUAUUGUCUAAGUCAAAAAGAAAGAGUUAAUAAGGAUGUGAUACAGACUAGCUUAGCCAUUUCUUUUUUGCAAAACGGUUUCUUCGAGAAAUUGAAGGACUUGGCAAUUGACUUUUGGAAUAAACUUAUACAGUUGGAUCCCCAGGAAGUUGCAAAAACCAAUGAUUUAAAAUAUAUCAGCACUUCUGAAAGUAGUAUCACUAAGAAUGUGUUAAGUCAGAUUCUCAUGAUAUUUGCUAAGGUAGUUAAUAGUGAUGUUGUUCCUAAUUUGCCAGCAACAAAAUUAUUCUAUCAUGACGGGUUAGAAAAAGAUCCCGAAUCAUUUUUGGUUCCAACAUUCUUGGUUCAAACUAGAAUUAUUUCCCUUGAGUUAAUGAGCAACACAAUAGGCUCUGAAUCCAUAAUUUUCAAUCAGCCAGAUAAUGUUACAACCCUGAAUGUUCCAUCUCCUUUAAUCGAACAGCUUGUUUAUAUUACCAAACAUGUUUGGAUGGCAACAAAAGAAGUUUCUGACAUACCUUUUGUACCUUUGGCGCUCGACAAUGUGUCACCGCCUUUGCCACAAGUUGAAUAUUUAAUAUCAAGAGGAAUUUCAGCUUCACAAGCUGAACACUUCUUCAAGCAUACCCUGGGCUUACAUGACUUAAGCACAAAUGAAGCACCAGAUUGUUCGCAAUUAGAUGUUAGCAAGGAAGUAUGGGAAAGCAUCGCGCAAGACAUUCAUUCUGGGGCUGUUACAUUUAAGCAGGAGUUUCCAACCUUUAGACCUGGAUCUCAUCUCAAGGCAGCUAGAUUGCAAGAAUUCGAUCAUUUUAUUGAUUGCUGGUUUAAAGUUGCUUGUUAUUAUCAUAAGGCUGUUGAGUCGAUCGCGGAUAUGCUUCUUUCCACGUAUUUAGACCCUUCAGAUAUUUCGAAUAAGCUUGCAUACUAUAUUUUUGAUUUAGUGGAAGUUAAGAAAACUAGAAACGCAGAUUUAGGUAUUGCUAUUCAUUUAUUUGGGAUUAUACUAAAGGAUGAGAAGCUAGUUAAUUCGAACAAAGGUAAUAUUUCUAGAUUUACGCGCUUCAUGAUAGGUGAACUUGAAAAUAACCCAGCAGACGUAGAUAAGGAUUAUGUUUCCUACGGAUUAUACAUACUUGAACAAGUAAUGUAUUACAAGGAUUUCCCCGAAUCUGAAAAGAGUCCUCAUGAACGUUUAUCUCCUCAAAACAAGACUGUUCCAUUUUUGAUCGAUGAUGAAUUAAAGAGAAGAUUAUUCGACAGUCUUGUUAAAUUAGAAAAAAUUCAUGAGAUUAAGUCUGCAAUAGGAAUAGCAAGAAUUAUGAUACUAUUAGUCAAGGAUGAAGAAUGCUCAUCAAUAUUUGUAAACUCGAAAUUACUUAAAAUACUUAUUUCAUUAGCAAGUGACUUCAUGAAAAGCGCUUCAAAUAAAUAUGAUAUUUACCAGGCAGCACUUGUUGUUCUUAUAAGAAGAUGUUUCGAGACAGCUGAGGUCUUGAAGGUCAAUAUGUCGGUUGAAAUCUCAACAGUAUUCAAAGGAAGUAUCAGGGGCAAACGAGAUCUUCAAUCCGUCUUGAAAGAGACUGCGUCAGUUGUAUUGCGUGAUCCAGAGCUAUAUGUGGAUGUCUUUUCACAAGAUGUAAGAUUAGAUAAUUAUGAUGGCGAGGAUGUUUCCCCUUCAAAGUUAACUGUCUUCCGUAAGAAACAAGAGAAAAGUACUGAAGAUAUGGAUAUGGAAGAUGUAGAAGGUUCAAAAGAUGGUGAUAAUCUGGAACUGCAGCGUACCAUAAAAUCGACUGGCAUUAUACAUAUACUUUUGACAGAAUUGAUGGAAGUUAGUAAGAAAGAUUGGGUGUCAGAACCACAGUCUACAGAUGAUGAGAAAACUGCAAAGGAUUCUACACCUGAUGUGUUCAAGAAUGUAUAUUUUGCUUAUGCUACCUUCUUAUUACAGACAAUUACAGAGUUACUAGGCUCUUACAAACAAUCGAAACUUGAAUUUUUGACUUUUUCUAAAAAGAAUCAAAACGAGAAUUUGAAACCCCGUUCUACUGCUUUAAACUUUUUGCUUCAUCAGUUGAUACCUACUAAACUGCUUAUAAAAUCUUCUGGGAUUGAAUUUGAGAGGCGUUCUGCUAUUUCCUCGCUUUCUAAACUUGCAGUUUUAGCGCUAGUAUCUACACCAAUUUUAAACGAGGAUAAUUCACCCGAUCCAAAGAAAGAAGAUAUUGACAUGGCUUUCAUUAGAAAAUUUUAUGUUGAUAUCCUUCUGAAGAUCUUGAAGGAAACAGUAAGCUCUCCAAGCAUCGCUACCGCUCGUUAUGGAAAGUUAAUUGAUUUAUUUGACUUAUGUGGGUGUUUGAUAACCCAAAAGUUCCGUGAUUUAACCGGGCCUUUAUUAAAUAAGAGUGCGACAAAGUAUGACCAGUACUAUAUAGCUAAAGCGCUCAUUGAUAAGCAAAUUCCUUCUCAACUCACUGGUAUCAUUUCAGAGUUUGACGUUAAUUUCCCUGAAAUUCAUCGUGUCAUUAAACUUGGUAUUAAGCCACUUACUUUAUUAGGUAAAAUAAAAAGUGAAUUUCAGGAUAUUUUUGAAGAAGAGCACCAGGGUGAUAAAGAAGACGAUGAUAUUGUACCUGAAGAUGUGGACGAUAGAGAUGAAACACCAGAUUUGUUCCGUAAUUCUACCUUAGGAAUGUAUGACGUUGAACACGAGAGUGAAGACUCAGAAAUGGAUUAUUACGAAGAGGGAGAUCCUUUGGAAGUGUUAAUGUCUGGUGAAGAAAUAUCGGAGGAAGAUUCGGAUGAUUCUUCACAUCUUUCUGAGUUAGAUUCUGAAAUGGAAGAGGAUGAAGACAAUGAUAUUUCUAUCGAUGAAGGCUACGAAGGAAAUGAAUCAAUGGAUGAUGACGAUAUCCCGCAUAUUGAAGAUGAUGAUAUUGAGAUUAUUGAUGAAUUAGAAAUGCAUUCGCAUAGCGAUUCUGACGAAGAUUCAAUAAAUGAUGAAGAUAUUUCCGAUGAGUCCGGAGUUUAUGAUUAUGACGAAGAUGAAGAAAUUAGCGAAUAUGACGAUGAAGAAUUAGAUGGUUGGAUUGAAGCGUUUGAAGAUGAUCAUGCCCCUUCAAAUGAAGCGGAAGUAGAAGAUGGCGAUAUUCCAAGUGGUGUCGAGAGCUUACGUAGAAAUAGACUUCAAAAUUCUAGAGAUGCAUACGAGGUCAUGGAUUCUGGAGAGUCAGAUGAAGAAGAGGAAGAUAAUAUGAGUGAAGAUGAUUCUGUUGUCGAUGACGAAGUAGAUGGAUUGGGUAUUGCUCCUGAUUCAAGAAGACGCGCAAGGGACUUUGCCAGUACCUUUUUUGAUGCUUUGCGUCCAGCUAUGGGACAACCGAACAUUGCUUCCCUUUUUGAGGGUCUAUUUAGCUCAGCAAAUAAUGAUAAUGGAUUAUUGAGAGGGACUAUACACAUAAGUGGUCCAGGAAAUUCAACUCGUUUUGAGCGUUCCUUUGGAAAUGUUAUGCAAAUGGGGUCGAAAUCCAAGCGCGAUAAUGAUGUAUUACAUAGCAUGUACAUUAAAUCGACAAGAGAACGUUGGCUAGAUGCAUUAAACAUGUUUUAUUCUAAAUCAAAGGAUGAAGCCGUUAUGAAGAUUAUACCUAAUAUUGUCAACAGAAUCGAAAAGGAGAGUAUUGAAAUAUAUAAUCUGAAAAAGGAAGAAGCUGAAAGAAUAAGAAAAGAGAGAGAGGAAAAAAUCCGUAAAAAGGAAGAAGAAGAAAGAUUAAAACGUGAAGAAGAAGCAAGAGAACGAGAGCUUAAUGCAGAAAAUAAUACUGAACAUCAUGAUCCUAUUAUGGUUCGUAUUGGUGACCGCGAUGUUGAUAUUAGCGGAACUGAUAUAGAUCCAGAGUUUUUCGAGGCUUUACCUGAUGAUAUGCGAGAUGAAGUAUUUACCCAGCAUAUAAGAGAAAGACGAGCAAAUGCGUCCAGUACAGGGACAGAUGCGCGUGAAAUUGAUCCUGAUUUCCUUGAUGCUCUUCCUGAACAAAUUAGAGAGGAAAUUCUUCAACAAGAGUCUAUGGCUCGCAGAUUUUCAACUUUAGAAGAUGAAAUGACCUAUCCGGAUAUUGAUGAAGAGGAAGCAGAAGAUUUGGAUGACGAAAAUGAUGGAGAUGGUACGAAUCCAUUUGUACUACCUAGUAGUGGAAAUCCUGGUUCAAAUCGAAGACGGUCAACGGUUGGUGGAGAUUCUACGUCGGAACCUUCCAAAAAAUCGAAAAAGGUCUUUUUUACACCUUUGGUCGAAAGGUCUGGUGUAGCCGCAUUAAUUCGGUUACUUUUUAUUCCUCUGCCAAUCAAUCAGAGAGAACACAUCCAUCAAGCAUUACAGUACUUAUGUAAAAGCAAACAAUCAAGAGCUGAAGUUAUGGGUCUUUUGAUAGCAAUCCUUCAAGACGGUUUAAUAAAUCAACGUUCAAUUGAAAAGGCAUACUCACAGGUAUGCUUGAAGGCUAAAACCAAUACAUUGAAUAUGGAAAAUCAAAAUAAUCACUUUCCUAUUGGUGGCUCUCCAAUUAUCAUUGGUAAUCAAAUUAUUGAAGUUGUGCACUAUAUACUAGAACGUAAUACUCAUAUGAGAUAUUAUCUUUUAACGGAGCAUGACAAUCCAUAUAUUCUAAAGAAGAUUAACCGCAAAACUAAGUUAAAAGAAUCGUUAAGCAAGGAAAGUAAAUAUCCAAUUAAUCUCUUGCUUAGAUUAUUGGAGAAUAAUUUAAUUAAAGAAGACCAAACAUUCAUGGAUGUCUUAGCGAGAGUUUUACAAAUUGCAACUAGACCACUUCAUGCUCUACAAGAGGCUAACAAGAAUGUUGAAGAGAAUAAGGCGCCUCCAAUUACUCCUCCGGUUAUUCCUGAUCAUAAUUUCCGACAAAUAAUUAAAAUACUAACAUCUAAUGAUUGUCCUAAUACAACCUUCAGAAGAACAAUAAGUGCAAUGCAAAACUUAUCAGUGCUUUCAAAUGCUCAGAAGGUAUUCUCUGUGGAGUUAUCUGAUCAAGCAACGAAAUUGGGACAAACAAUUAUUAAUGAUCUUAAUACUUUAACGAAAGAAAUUGCCAAAUCUGAGACUUAUAAUGCAGAAAAUAAGUCUUUUGCUAAGUUUAGUGCUUCAAGCUCUGACCAGGCAAAGUUACUCAGGAUUUUAACGGCAUUAGAUUAUAUGUUUGAAUCAAAAGAAAAGGAUAAAGGCUUUGAAGACGACAAAACCGAUUACAAGGCAAUCCAUGAUGGAAAGGAAAAUAAGUUAUCGAUUGACGAAAUCGAAGAACUAACAGGAUUAUAUAAAAGACUUGCUUUAGGAACUCUAUGGGAUGCAUUGAGUGAUUGCUUAAGAGUAUUAGAAGAGAAAAAAGGUAUGACAAACAUAGCCACAGCUUUAUUACCGUUAAUUGAAGCUUUGAUGGUUGUUUGUAAGCAUAGCAAAGUUAAAGAAAUUCAUAUCAAAGAUGCAAUCAAGUAUGAGGCUAAGAAAAUCGAUUUCACUAAAGAGCCAAUUGAAAGCUUAUUCUUUUCAUUUACCGAUGAACAUAAAAAAAUAUUGAAUCAAAUGGUAAGAACUAAUCCUAACUUGAUGAGUGGACCUUUCGGAAUGUUAGUUAGAAAUCCUGGAGUUUUGGAAUUUGAUAACAAGAAGAACUAUUUCGAUAGAAAAUUACAUGAAAAUAAAAAUGAGAAUGCUAAAUUAGCAAUAAAUAUUCGUCGUGAUCAAGUAUUCUUGGACUCAUACAGAGCAUUGUUUUUCAAACCCAAGGAUGAAUUUAAGAAUUCUAAGUUAGAAGUGAAUUUUAAAGGUGAGUCUGGUAUUGAUGCCGGUGGUGUUACUCGAGAAUGGUAUCAAGUUUUAUCUAGGCAAAUGUUUAAUCCUGAUUAUGCAUUAUUCACGCCUGUGGCAUCUGAUGAAACAACAUUUCACCCAAACAGAACGUCAUAUAUUAAUCCUGAACAUUUGUCUUUCUUCAAGUUUAUAGGUAAGAUAAUUGGUAAGGCUAUAUUUGACAAUAGUUUUCUCGAUUGUCACUUCAGCAGGGCUGUCUACAAGAGAAUUUUAGGGAAGUCUGUUUCAUUGAAGGACAUGGAAACAUUAGACCUUGAAUACUUCAAAUCAUUAGUAUGGAUGUUAGAAAAUGAUAUAACUGAUGUUAUUACGGAAGAUUUUUCAGUCGAAACUGAUGAUUAUGGAGAACAUAAGAUCAUUGAUUUGAUUCCUAAUGGAAGAGAUAUUGCUGUAACCGAAGAAAAUAAGCAUGAGUAUGUAAAAUUAGUUGUUCAAUACAGAUUGCAAACUUCAGUUACAGAACAAAUGGACAACUUUUUAUUAGGGUUCCAUGAGAUUAUUUCAAAGGAUUUGGUUUCGAUAUUCGAUGAACAAGAAUUAGAGUUAUUGAUUUCAGGAUUACCUGAUAUCGAUGUUUUGGAUUGGCAAAAUAACACUACGUAUAAUAAUUAUUCGCCUUCAUCAGAACAAAUUCAAUGGUUCUGGAGGGCGGUUAAAUCAUUUGACAACGAGGAGAGAGCAAAGUUACUACAAUUUGCUACAGGUACUUCUAAAGUACCACUAAAUGGUUUCAAGGAGUUAAGCGGAGCUAGUGGAACUUGCAAAUUUAGCAUCCAUAGAGAUUACGGAACAACCGACAGGUUGCCAUCGUCGCAUACAUGUUUCAAUCAAAUAGAUUUACCAGCUUAUGAAUCAUAUGAAACAUUGAGAGGGUCUGUCUUGCUAGCUAUAACAGAAGGCCAUGAAGGUUUUGGAUUGGCUUGA